AUGUAAGACGAUUUUGUUUAUCAUCCCGAGAUCAUGAAAUCAUAGCUAAGUAUGCUGCCUCCUAUUGAAUAACUCACUUUGUAAUAGUUAGCUAAUAAACGAAAAAUAAAUUUCAACAUGAUGCUCUCAUUGCCGGUUUAUUAUUAAAUUUCUAAUUGCAGUUUCUACUGAAAGACAAAGCUUUAGAAGAUAGGAAGGAUACAAUCGCCAUCUAUAGAAAACAUAAAUUUGAGCCAUUAAAGCCUUAAAAACAUAAAGUGACUUUGAUAAACAGUGGUCGCAUUCACUGUCCUGAGUUUUGGUCAGAUAAAUAUCAGAGCACUGCCUUACGUGACUCCCAUAUUGAUAGAAAUUUAGACAAGUACAGACAGAUCAUUAAGAAUAACAUCUAAGAUUAUUUGGUUAAAUUUGAGAUGCAAGCAAAGGAAUAAUUGGAAGAAUCAAAAAAGUAUUAAUUAAAUAGAUUCAAGAAUUAAAUAUUAAGAAAUCUUCAAAAAGCAAUGUUCCAUCUCAGAUGAAGAAUAUGCCCCAUCAAAUAAUGAGUUAAAUCUCAGUCAAUGCACCUAAGAUGAAAUUAUUAGCUACUAUAGAGAUGUAAAAAGGCAAGAUUCUGCUAAAAAGACAAGCUUGAGAAAUCUUGAUAAGAUUACUUGCAGUAGUGUUAAAUAGAGUUUUAUUGAAAAAUUCGACAAAGUCAUUACUACUUGCGAUCGCAAUUCUAUCCCCUCAAAUAGAAAUUCGCUAGAUAGCAUAAAGUAACUAUAAGAUCUAUUGCAUUAGCACUUGUGGAUAUACGAAUAUUAAAUAAAGAAAUAGACAUGUUGUUGGUAGCAAGACAAGCAGAAGUCAUUAUAAUUGA